GUGCAGCACUGAAAAAUGGCUGUUGUUGAGUUUCUGCUGUAUUUUCCAGGUAUCGCAGGUACAUUACUGGGAGCUUUGCUGUUGUUAUUGCUCUUAUAUCACCUUUCCUCGGACCACAAAUCUCAGAAAGAAGGGAAAGAGCCACCGGGACCCAAAUCACUGCCGCUGUUGGGGAACCUGCUGACCCUUGACCUCACAAGACCUUUUGACAGCCUUUGUGAGCUCUCCAAAACCUACGGGAACAUAUUUCAAGUGUUUUUGGGUCCUAAAAAAGUUGUGGUAUUAGUUGGAUACAAAACCGUCAAAGAGGCCCUUGUCAACUAUGCAGAUGAGUUUGGGGAGCGAGAUAUUACACCUGGUUUCAGGAUACUUAAUGAUGGUCAUGGGAUCCUCUUUUCCAAUGGAGAAAGCUGGAAAGAAAUGCGACGCUUCGCUCUCAGCAACCUGCGGGACUUUGGGAUGGGCAAGAGAGGAAGUGAAGAGAACAUUAUAGAGGAAAUUCAAUAUCUGAAAGGAGAGUUUGAUAAGUUUGAAGAGAAACCCUUCGACACGACACAGCCGGUGAACUACGCUGUGUCAAACAUCAUCUCAUCUAUCGUGUACGGCAGCAGAUUUGAAUACACAGACCCUCAAUUCACUGAAAUGGUCGACAGAGCAAAUGAAAAUGUUCGGGUUAGUGGGUCGGCGUCUAUGAUGCUAUACAAUAUAUUUCCGUGGUUGGGUCCGUUCCUAAACAGCAAAAGGAUUAUUAUGAGGAAUUUGAUGAAAAAUAGAGCAGAAAUUGUGAAAUUAAUCACUGGACUGCAGGAGACUCUAAAUCCACAUGACCGCAGAGGGUUUGUCGACUCCUUCCUCGUCCACAAACAGAGUGAUGAGCAAUCCGGCAAGAAGGACUCAUUCUUUCACCAUGAGAAUCUUCUCAUGACGGUGGGAAAUCUGUUUGUCGCUGGUACCGACACCACAGGAACGACUCUGCGCUGGGGUCUGAUGCUUAUGGCCAAAUACCCUCAUAUACAGGAUCGAGUUCAGGAGGAGAUUGACAGAGUGAUCGGUGGACGUCAGCCAGUGGUGGAAGACAGAAAGAAAUUACCUUAUACAGAUGCUGUGAUCCAUGAAACCCAGAGACUGGCAAACAUAGUGCCCAUGAAUCUCCCUCAUAUGACCAGCUGUGACGUUACCUUCAAUGGAUACUUCAUCAAGAAGGGCACCACUGUAGUUCCUCUGCUGACGUCUGUUUUGAAGGAUCCAAGCGAAUGGGCAAAACCAAACAGCUUUUACCCAGAACACUUCCUUGAUGAGAAGGGGCAGUUCAUCAAGAGAGAUGCUUUUGUUCCCUUUUCUGCAGGCCGCAGGGUUUGUCUUGGAGAGGGUUUGGCCAGGAUGGAGCUCUUCCUGUUCUUCACCUCUCUCCUUCAGAGCUACCGCUUCACAACUCCACCUGGAGUGUCUGGAGAUGAGCUGGAUCUCAAAGGAGUAGUAGGAAUAACGUUGAAUCCGUCUCCACACAAGCUGUGUGCGAUCAGACGCUCCUGAUACUUGACAAUCAAAACAUAUUAUACUUAAUUUUAAGUAAGAACUGUCAUGAUUUUGCUUGAUCUGAGUAAAUGCACAAAAUGUAAGUUUGCAAAUAACUUAAAAAACCUGGGGAGAAAUGUGUAAAAUCACUUCAGACUUUUUUUACUGCUGUUUUUG